CCAGUCUCUGCAGGGCCCCGCGGGGACCAGGUGUCUAGGCGCCAAGAUGCGGCUUUGGCUCUGGCUGCUCCUCCUCGCAGUGCAGCUGGCAGCUCUCCACGGCAGCUCUGUACUCCAGCAGACCCCUGGGAAGAAGGUGGCUCAGACCAACACAGAGGUGAAGCUAGUCUGUGAAGCCAAAACCUCCCAAAACCUGCGCAUCUACUGGCUGAGACAGCGCCAGGCCCCAAGCAUGGACAGUCACUAUGAGUUCCUGGCCUUCGGGGAUUCUAGAACGCCUGUGUAUGGCAAGGAUGUGAAGCCGGAGAAGCUAAAUGUGAGUCUGGCGGCAACCCAGUCCGUUCUCACUCUCAGAAGUGUGCAGCCUGCAGACAGCGGUGUCUACUUCUGCAUGACCAUCGGGUCCCCCGAGCUGACCUUCGGGAAGGGAACUCAGCUGACUGUGGUUGAUGUCCUUCCCACCACUGCCAAGCCCACCACCAAGUCCACCCCUAAGAAGAUAAGGUGCCGGCGCCCAAGCCCCGUGACUCGGAAGGGCCCGCCUUGCGGCCCCCUGACCCUCGGCCUGCUGGUGACCGGCGCCGUGAUUCUGCUGGUGUCCCUGGGUGUGGCCAUUCACCUGUACUGCCAGCGGAGGAGAGCCCGGAUUCGCUUCAUGAAGCAGCUUCAUAAAUGAGCAGAGGAUAUGCUGCUGGUGUCCGGCCACAGAGAUGCCUGGUCAGGAAAGAGCGAGAUGUGGAGAAAGGAGAGAGAAGGGACACGCUGCCUGGAAACUUCACUGAGCUGCUGGAGCUGCCUGCUUUCACCACUGCAAGUUCUUCCUGUGGGCCUCGUGCAUGGUGGUCACCUGGCCCCGGAGCCCGUGGCACUUCCUGCAACUCGGGGCACACUGGCGGACGGAGUCAGAAAUGCCACCCGCACCCCUUCCGCUCCUUGCGCGUCCUUGCCCCGUUUGGCUAUGACCUGGACUCCUGAGACGUGGGGCAGUGCUGGCGUGGCUUCCCUUGUCCUUCCCGGGCUGGGGCCUGACAGUCCUCACAGGGAGCCCAAGGACCAGACCCAGCGGGAGGGCUGACCUGGCUCUCAUCGUGCCCAUGUCUGCGGACCUCUUCUGGGGCUGGGAUCCGGUGGUGUGGGGUGCGGGAGGUCACUUCAUCUCCCAUUAGAAACUUCCUUGGCUUUCACUUCUGCCUUCUCAUGGCUUGUAUAUUUCUUCUCUCACUUUCCAUUCCUUUUAUAAAAAUGUCUCGGUUGUAAAAAAUAAAAUCCUAA